AUGGUAAUCAUCCCACCUGAUCAUUCAGCAAAAUUAACUCUUCUGGUUCUUAGGAGAAUAAUAAGUGAUCAGCAGAUCCACUGGACUCCACAUGGUGGCGAGAUGGUGAUGGGUCACGACUGCAUCUACGUACUACGAGGCCGACUCAGCUAUAAUGCACACCACGAGAAACAAGACUGCGUCCAUGGACACUGGUGCGGCGAGCAGGGGUGGGGGGGCAAACGGUGCGGCGAGGGAGGGGGCAAACGGUGCGGCGAGCAGGGGUGGGGGGGCAAACGGUGCGGCGAGGGAGGGGGCAAACGGUGCGGCGAGCAGGGGUGGGGGGGCAAACGGUGCGGCGAGGGAGGGGGCAAACGGUGCGGCGAGGGAGGGGGCAAACGGUGCGGCGAGGGAGGGGGCAAACGGUGCGGCGAGGGAGGGGGCAAACGGUGCGGCGAGGGAGGGGGCAAACGGUGCGGCGAGGGAGGGGGCAAACGGUGCGGCGAGGGAGGGGGCAAACGGUGCGGCGAGGGAGGGGGCAAACGGUGCGGCGAGGGAGGGGGCAAACGGUGCGGCGAGGGAGGGGGCAAACGGUGCGGCGAGGGAGGGGGCAAACGGUGCGGCGAGGGAGGGGGCAAACGGUGCGGCGAGGGAGGGGGCAAACGGUGCGGCGAGGGAGGGGGCAAACGGUGCGGCGAGGGAGGGGGCAAACGGUGCGGCGAGGGAGGGGGCAAACGGUGCGGCGAGGGAGGGGGCAAACGGUGCGGCGAGGGAGGGGGCAAACGGUGCGGCGAGGGAGGGGGCAAACGGUGCGGCGAGGGAGGGGGCAAACGGUGCGGCGAGGGAGGGGGCAAACGGUGCGGCGAGGGAGGGGGCAAACGGUGCGGCGAGGGAGGGGGCAAACGGUGCGGCGAGGGAGGGGGCAAACGGUGCGGCGAGGGAGGGGGCAAACGGUGCGGCGAGGGAGGGGGCAAACGGUGCGGCGAGGGAGGGGGCAAACGGUGCGGCGAGGGAGGGGGCAAACGGUGCGGCGAGGGAGGGGGCAAACGGUGCGGCGAGGGAGGGGGCAAACGGUGCGGCGAGGGAGGGGGCAAACGGUGCGGCGAGGGAGGGGGCAAACGGUGCGGCGAGGGAGGGGGCAAACGGUGCGGCGAGGGAGGGGGCAAACGGUGCGGCGAGGGAGGGGGCAAACGGUGCGGCGAGGGAGGGGGCAAACGGUGCGGCGAGGGAGGGGGCAAACGGUGCGGCGAGGGAGGGGGCAAACGGUGCGGCGAGGGAGGGGGCAAACGGUGCGGCGAGGGAGGGGGCAAACGGUGCGGCGAGGGAGGGGGCAAACGGUGCGGCGAGGGAGGGGGCAAACGGUGCGGCGAGGGAGGGGGCAAACGGUGCGGCGAGGGAGGGGGCAAACGGUGCGGCGAGGGAGGGGGCAAACGGUGCGGCGAGGGAGGGGGCAAACGGUGCGGCGAGGGAGGGGGCAAACGGUGCGGCGAGGGAGGGGGCAAACGGUGCGGCGAGGGAGGGGGCAAACGGUGCGGCGAGGGAGGGGGCAAACGGUGCGGCGAGGGAGGGGGCAAACGGUGCGGCGAGGGAGGGGGCAAACGGUGCGGCGAGGGAGGGGGCAAACGGUGCGGCGAGGGAGGGGGCAAACGGUGCGGCGAGGGAGGGGGCAAACGGUGCGGCGAGGGAGGGGGCAAACGGUGCGGCGAGGGAGGGGGCAAACGGUGCGGCGAGGGAGGGGGCAAACGGUGCGGCGAGGGAGGGGGCAAACGGUGCGGCGAGGGAGGGGGCAAACGGUGCGGCGAGGGAGGGGGCAAACGGUGCGGCGAGGGAGGGGGCAAACGGUGCGGCGAGGGAGGGGGCAAACGGUGCGGCGAGGGAGGGGGCAAACGGUGCGGCGAGGGAGGGGGCAAACGGUGCGGCGAGGGAGGGGGCAAACGGUGCGGCGAGGGAGGGGGCAAACGCUACCAAGUUACAUUCACAACACUGCUCCUUGCUGAAAGAAGCAAAGGUGCAGAAGCAAGCUGUGACGUAUCAACUGAUGAAUAUAUUCAGCGGGGAAAAAAUCUUUAUAGGUAA